CGUAUACUUUUCUGCUAAACGCUACGGACGUCUGCGUUGUCUGCCCGUUUACAUACGUUGCCACGCUGAUAUUGCCUAUCGGCAUAAUAAAAACCGUAACCCCAAUACAACAAUGAAAAACUAAUAGUUGUAUCCUAAUUAGUACAGAUCAUAGAUGUUUGUUAUUUAAUUUGUUAAGUGUUUUGUAUGACAAUUUUGAAAAGUUAGAUACUCAUCGAGUUAAGUCAGAUCAAGAUGACGUUUAAAUACCAAAUAGCAAUAACGCUUAUUAGUUUACUGUCUUUUGCGUGCUGUAGUGAAUUAGAUUUUGACGGAUGGCUUCAUGUCAGACUGUUUCAUUCCUUGGAUGAUGCUCCAGAACCUAAUUUUAUUGAAAGGGGCAACAUUACCAUUUCAAGUAUUCGCAGUGGAGCUGCUAUAACUGCACAAUCUGCUAUUAGUGAAUCUCAGUUACAAAAAUUAAUGUCUCUGGCUAAAAAUAAUGGCAUGUACAGGUUAAAGGCAACAGUAACAACUUCAUCGAAUAGCGAAACAAAUUUCCUCACUUCUGUACUAGCGUGUAAUUUACUGGGCUCUGGUUUGGAGGAUUAUGUACACAUUUGGUUAGAUAGCUCAGCCGAGCCAAUAGCAGUUAAUUUAAUAGCCACAGGCCCAUGUACUUUAGACGAACCAAUGACCAAACAAUGGAGUACAGAUGUUCAAGUUAAGUAUCCAGAUGGUGGUCCAGUACCGGAUACUGCAACUUACAUUCAGAAACUUGAAAAAGAAAAACUAGCCAGAGAAAGCGGUGAAGUUAAAGAUAACAGAUCAUUCUUUGCCAAAUAUUGGAUGUACAUAGUCCCAGCUUUAAUAUUCUUUGUCCUCUCGUCCGCUACGAAUCCAGAAGCAGCUGCUGCAGGUGGUGGCGGUGGUGGUGGUCAACGCCAAUAAUUUAGGAAAAUUUUUUAAGUUGUAUUUGCAUUACGUCAAGUAACAUUGUUAAAGUUCUGCUUUAACUAGACCAACAAAUCGUUAUACUGCGUGUAAAAAGUUACAGUAAGCAUUUUUUAUAAGUAUAAUGCCUAAAUGAAUGUGACCCAAAAAAAACCUAAAGAGAACAGUCAUGAAUUAUUAUUUGUUAGUGAUCAAAUUGAAGUCAGAUAUUAUAAAAAUCGUAUUUACUUCUAUCAAAAUAAAGCGAGAAAUUAUAAA